GCUGUUUAGUUGCGCCAUUCAGACACAACAACAUUAUUUGUGCUGGAUGUGUUAUUUUUCGAUGAUACAAAUAGAUCUCUCUCACACAUUUUGCUCUGAUUAUGUGCAAUUGAAAAAACCCAGUAAAAAUGGUGCUAGCGAAUAAAGUUGAAUAAAACGGGGCUACUACAACUUUUCAAUAUCAAUUGAUUUAAGUGAAAAAAAAAGUGCAAGUGUUUCACUAUCAAAUUAAAGAAUUAAGUGUACUUGAUCGCAAGAUGUUCUACAAUUCAGUACUUCUCGUGUUUGGCUGCUUUAGCUUUGCAUACGGCCAAUUCGCAAUCGAAAAGCCGUUUAAAUUAAGUUUGACAAUAAGUGCGAGACUCAAUGCGGUCGAGGUGUCAUGGUAUAAUUUAAAAACGCCAAACGAUGGAUAUAUCUUGUUGACGAACGAAGAGCCACAUGCUCCGUUUCGAAAGCAACAAACGGAUAUGAGGCAACAGCCACACAACAUCCACACAAAUGAGGACAAUUCAACACACAAAAACUAUGCCAGCGAUGAGAAUAUUAUUGGAUGGACGUACAGCAGGGCCAAUAAACAACCAUUGUACAUAAUAAAACCAGACGAACCAAACGGAUGGAUUACAACAAACAUUACAUUCGACAAUAAGUAUUUACAGAAUUUAAACGCAACCACCAAAUGCUACGGAUAUUGGGCUGUCUAUGUUGAUCAUUUGUCAAAUCCAGUUUUUACUACAUGCAUUCAAGCCUAUCCCACCUGGAUGAAUGAUAAUAAGGAUUUGAUAAAACGAUUCAAAUUUCGUGAUCUUUUCAUACUGGGCAGCCAUGACAGUGGUUCAUAUCGGGUAAAUUUCAAUACAACCUGGAAUGAAACUAUUGUGACGAAGUACGCAUUAACGCAAGCCGAUGAUAUCACAAGUCAAUUGCAUCAUGGAAUUCGUUACUUGGACAUUCGUGUCGGUUAUUAUCGCGCAACUGAUCCGCAAUUUUGGAUCAACCAUGGCAUAUCUCGGCAGCAGCCAUUCAUUAAUGCUCUGCAUCAAGUGCGUGAUUUCGUUUUGGAAACCAAUGAAAUUGUCAUUUUUGACGUCCAAGAGUUCCCAGUCGGUUUCGGUAAAUCAUUGGACAUUCAUCGCAAAUUGGUGAGAUAUAUUCAAAAAGAAUUGGGCGAAUUGUUGGUCGAUCCAUCAGGCGGUUGGGAAGUGAAAUUGGAGCAAAUUUGGCAAAAUCGACGAAAUAUCAUUUUGGCAUACGAUCACAUUGAAAUGGUUAACGAAUUUCCAUCGUUUAUAUUUCAAUCGGUUCAACAGCGUUGGGGAAAUUGUCAAAAUUUAGCCGAUUUGAAACGAUUCUUAGCACCGUCCGGACAUUCAUUCACUUUAUUCUCAAGUAGGCCGUUUGCUGAUAUGGCUGAAUUAACGCCAACAACCUGGGAUGUGUUAAUAGAUAAAUGGGGUGGAUUGCGACGUGUUGCCGACACAUCAAAUCGUCUGAUUUCAAAAUGGUAUGCGGAAGAAUGGUUUAUGUCGGCAAAUAUUGUUGCAGUCGAUUUUUAUCGCGGCACAAACUUAAUGGAAACUGCCAUUUAUUCGAAUUUGAAAAAAGAUCUACUUCGACGAUUGAAAAAAUAGCUUUGAUACUUUUGUUAUAUUUAUUGUGUCUGUGAGUGUAUUUUCAAUUGUUCAUUAGAAUUUAAUACAUUGAAGUGUAAGCGAAUGUAAUUAUAUAAAAUAAAGACUUUUAGUGGACGGCAUUGAGAUACU